AUGAGCUGGAAUGUGAGGGGCCUGAAUGGCCUCAAUAAGCAGAGGGAAGUCAAACUCCUCUGCAAUGAAUUAGAAUUAGGAAUAAUGUGUUUUAUUGAAACUAGAAUAAAAGUACAUAAGGUGGGAUCGGUGGUGGAAGGCAUGUUUGGAGGAUGGGAGUACAGGAGCAACCAUGCUGCCCACUAUAAUGGGAGAUUGCUGUUAGUUUGGAGGAAAGAUUGGUUCGAUGUGGUGAUUGAGAGCGAAGCAGCCCAGGCCAUGACAUGCCAAAUUACAUGUCUUUCAAGGCAACUUAGAUUUAAUGCAACUUUUGUAUAUGCUUUUAACCAAAAAGAAGAGAGGAAGGAAUUGUGGAACUAUAUAAUGCAGCUGAAUCUGAGGUCUGGCCCAUGGGUGGUACUAGGGGAUUUCAAUGCGGUGUUGCAUGCUGAGGACAGAAUUGGUGGUACCCAGGUCACAUAUGCUGAAAUUGUGGAUUUUCAACAUUGCUUGGAUACUUGUGGACUAGUGGAGCUCCCAACUAAUGGAGGCAAAUACACAUGGACGGAUAACCAAGAUGAAAGAAUUUUUUCCCGAAUCGAUUGGGUGUUUGUAAACGGGGAGUGGAUGGAUGAUAUGCCAGAUUGUAGAGCAAAUAUCCUACCAGCAGGUGUAAGUGACCAUUGUCCUAUCGUGGUCCAAAUGGUGAAAUGCAUUAAAAAGAAAAGAAGAGCGUUUAAGUUACGCCAAUGUUUGGUGUCAACAUCCGAUUUUCACAAGGUUGUUGAACAUGGAUGGUGCACGGAUAUUGCGGGUUAUAAAAUGUUUCAAGUCGUUCAAAAAUUAAAGAUGUUGAAAUCGAAUCUCAAACAGCUACAUCGCCAACAUUUCAGCAACAUUGUUCAGGAGCAAGAGGAGACGAGCCUUCGACCGAAGUAUAGGCAGUCUGCUAAACUUUCAGAAAUGUUCUUGAUCCAAAGAAGUAAAGCUACCUGGAUUAAGUUAGGAGACGACAACACAAAAUAUUUUUUCGCAAUAAUCAAACAAAGGAAACUAGCACAAUCAGUGUGCCAAAUUCAAGAUGAACAGAGCCAAGUCCAACAUGAGCAAGACAAGAUUACAGCGGUAUUUGUUAGAUACUACCAGCAGCUACUAAGGGAGCAUGGGGGGCCGAGAAGGAAAGCAUAUCCAGGUUUCUUUAAUCAGGGGCCUAAGUUGUCUAUGGAACAACAAUGCAGGCUGAGGGCUUUCUUGAGAAAGAGAUAA